UUGUCCUCUCUCUUCUCUGUAAAUCUGUUUCUCUCUCCUCUUUCUUUUUCUCUAGGGUUUUCUCUCUGAUCGCUCGCAUUUCGCCUGGAGGGAGGUCCAGAUCCGUUUCCGCCUCUUCGAGCGCUUUCAUUUUAGCCCAUUUUCUCUCACUUCUGUUGAUUCUGGCGCCGCCCUGAAAAACCUUGAUUUCUUGCCUCCUCUCGUCGUUUCAGAGGCCGGCGAUCUUCGUCUCAGGCUGUAAUGUCAGGCUAUGGAGGCUUCCUGAACAGGGAUAGAAGAACCAAAAGUGGCACAUGGGAAUAACGGCAACUUAAAGGACUACUAUACGAUAUAUGCCUAUUUGGAUGCUCUCACUAAAUUGAAUGGCAGUAACCUGGCUGCGAAAACUGUGCUCUUUUCGCUCAUAUGGACAUUUACUGGUUUACAAGGCUGAUCUCUGGAUGUGUAUAUAGGGUUUCAAUUCCUGAAACUUCCAGGGGACAUGUGACCAUUGCAUGAGUAGAAGUGAGCAUUUAAUCUGAUAUCAGCAGGUUAUACUUCUUUUGGAAGGUCUAUGAUCAAUUCUAUCCCCUGAUCCAAUUGGGGGCAACCAAAGAUUUAAGUAACAUAUUUUGUUUUUGGAAAGAAAAGCAGAGAAAAACCCAGUAAAAGCUCCAGAGAGAGAAGCUUAUUUGGGAUUUUGAGGGGCAGAGAGAGAGAGACACACGUUAUUGCACUCCUGCAAGAGAGGGACAGAGGGAGGGUUUGUAGGGGUUUAUUGUGCAUCCAUGCUGGAAGAGAGCAUGCGUGGAAUCCGAGCUUCGGGUGAUGCCCCUGACCAGCCAAGUCGCCGAUGCUUUCGGUGCUGUUACCAUCUCUCUAGUCAUCCUCUUCAUUCUUCUUGGCUUCUUUUGCAUUCUCCGUUUAUUACACUUCCAUGCUCGUAUAAGAAGGCGAAGCACACCUCAACUCUGCUAUUUUAGCGGCCCUUGGUUUGUCCGUCUCUCUCUCAUCCUUUUCUUUCUCUUGUGGUCGCUUGGAGAGGUACUUCGACUGAGCCUGCUAAGAAAGAGGAGCAAGUUUCUUUCUCUAAGCCUCAAAUGGCAGGAAGAUUUAUGCAAGAUCUACCUAAUUUCAAACCUGGGUUUCUCGGAACCAUGCCUGUUUCUCUCUCUAGUCCUCCUCCUCCACGCUUCUCUUCAAAGGCAAGACUCAGGAACAUUAAGCCGGCAAUGGAACCGAAAAACCAUGGCUUACAUCUUCCUCUUUUGCUUGCCUGCCUUUCUUUCUCAGCUGGUCGUAGUUUUAAUUGGACCCAGGUUUAAUACAUCUUACAAAAAUGAGGGAAUAUACUCAGAGAACAUCCCCAAAUACUUUACUUCUGCAAUUUUCAGAGCUCCGUGGAAUCAGGCUAUGGUUCUUUGUGCCUACCCUUUAUUGAGCACGAUUCUGCUCGGCCUUUUUGCUUCUAUCUUAGUUGGAUACUUUCUCUAUUUGGCUGCGAAGAUGGUGACCUUGGUUAUUAACAGGGGCCUACAGAAGAGGAUCUAUUAUCUGAUUUUCUCCCUCUUGGGUCUUCUUCCUCUCCGUAUCCUGCUUCUUGGGUUCUCUGUUUUAUCCCACCCAGGAGAGCUGGCCUUUGAAAUUCUUGUUUUCUUAGCCUUCUUAGUGCUGCUAAUUUGUGCCGGAGUUGGGGCCUCUAUACUUGUCUAUUGCCCUGUCUCCGAUUCGUUGGCGGUGAGGGGUGCUCUCUCUCUAGACAUGGGGGUGAGGAGUGCUCUCUCUCUUGAAAUCAGUAGAGAGAUGGAAGAUGAUAACACUUCCCUUAUCGCGAGCCAGGCAUUGAUCGAGGCAAGCCCGAACAGAAACUCUGAUGCUUCAACAAAGGGGGGUUCGAUCUCUUUUAGAACAAUGGUUAGAGAUGCAGAGGGUUCAUCACCUGGUUCUCCUCCACUGCCAGGAAGGCCGAUGAUGGUUGUUCCCUUGCAAGAAUUUGUAGCAUCGAGAGGUCAGAGGCUUCCGUACCCUUAUUUGAGUGAUGUUUGAUACACGAAUGUUCCAUACUAUAUUUGCUCUCCAUGCUUGUAAUAGAAACAGUGGUUUGGGUUCUGGCUUCUUUCUCUCUGGGCCCUUUUUCUUUGAAAUGAAGAUGUUGCAGAGUAGUGUUUUGUAGGAUUAUAUUAGUUUAGGGGGAAGUGGUUGAUGCGGUGAGUCAUGUAAAGAGGGUGUGAAUUAAUAAUGUUUAUGGUCUUUUAAGAAAGAGAAAACUUUGAAGA